AUGCCGGGUGAUGGAGGGGGGCGGCAGGCUUACGGCAGAGAGACCCAGCAGCUGAUCCACAAGCAAAUGGUGGAGAUCAGUCGUCUGCAACAGGAACAGAGUGAGCUUCAAGUGAAGAUGAAGAUCUCCCAGAGUCAAGCCCGAAAGCUCCUGGACCAGGCUCGGGAGAAGGACCUUCGGAGCCUUCUGGGGCGCAGGCAGCAGCUCUACAAAGAGGUGGUCAAGGAACAGCAGCGCCUGAAGAAGCUGGACCAACAGAUUGCCAAGUGGGAGGAGCGAGUCCUGAUGCAGCUGAAGGACCUCCGGGGCCCGGGCUUGGUGCUGCAGAGGAAGGCCCAGAACCUCCGCAGGGUGACCAUCUUGGAGAACCAGCUGGACCGGGCCAACACGCGCUUCGACACGCAGCUGGUGAGGAACAGGAUCCUUCGGGAAGAGCUGGGCUUGCUGCACAUUCAGAGGAAUCGCUUUCUGCACAUAGACCACCAGCUGAAGAAGGAGCUGCAGGACAUCCGCUCCAACAUCCAAUCCCACAUAGACAAUUCCAACGCAGCCUUUGACGCCAGGGAGGAAGCCAAGCUGAAGCUGAGCCAGCUGCAGGAGAAGCUGGACAAGGAUGUGAGCCAGUACAACGCGGAGCUGCAGGUGGUCCAGAGACAGAUCUGCCACCUUGAGCAGUUACACAACUUCCUGAUCACCAAGAACCAGGAGAGAUUAGUGGAUGCGGAGGUGCUGGAGGCCCGGCGCAAGCGGGAGCGGGAGGUGGCCGAGGGCCUUCGCAAGACCUCUCAUGAGAAGGCUGUGCUGCAGUACGAGGAGGUGUUGGAGAAACUAGCGGAGAUCACGGGCCAGAGCAACGCGGAGGACAUCUUCCACACGUACUUGGAAAAUGAGGAAAGAAACUUUGCGGAGUUCACCUUUAUCAACGAGCAGAACUCAGAGAUGGAGAAGCUCAAGGAGGAAAUCCAGGAGAUCCAGGAUGCCCUGACUCAGUUGACCUUAGCCCAAGAAGAAUCGGACCGGGGGUCCAAGCGUCAGCAGCUUGAUGCCCUGGAGCACCGGAAGGUGGAACUGGCUAAGGAAGCUGAGAUAGUGGAGGCCAAGCACAGCAAUCUGAGCAAGAUCCUAGACCAGCUCAAGGCUGCGAUCCAGUCUUUGUUCUACAAGGCCAAGUGUGAUGACACGAGGCUCAAAGAACUCCUGGGGGGCAGCCACAUGGGGACCAAGAUAGUGGAGUUGCUUCUCAGCCUCAUCGAGCAGCGUGUGAUUGACCUGCUGGCCGCCCAGGCCUUCACUGAGUUCUCGGAGUCUAGCACCUAUAAACCGGAGUCCACUGCCCUCAGACUGCUAGGCCAGAGUGAGGACGCCAUCCCCAAGAAACUGGUUCCCCCGCAGCCCCCCUUCAACAUGGACGAUCCUGUGGGCCUGGAGCAGACAGACGAAAGGCCCCUGACUCACGAGGAACUAAAAGCCCAAGUCCUCAAGAUGAUGCAAAUUCGGGAACAGACCAGGGAACUAGGCAAGGACAUGCCCACGCAGUUGGCUUUAGGCAAGAAGUCAUUAGACAAACCCUCCAUGUAGGCCAAGGUUGAACUUCCACCCCAAGGCUUUGGCCUCACUCUGCUCAGAGAUCUCAUCCUCUCUGGUCACCCAGCUCUCCCCUCCACCACAUCCCGCACCCCCCAGCUUUCUCUCUCUUCAGCCCUCAGACUCCUUGUCUGCCCAUAUCUGGGGGCAUCACCAACUCCCAGUUGUUGUGCCUCUCCCUUUCCGGAUCUUAGCCUCCUUCCAUCCCUUCCGAAGCUCAGCGUGUAGCCCUGGCCUGGGUGGAGAUGGGGCUGGGGUGGGUCCAGUGAUGCUGUGACCUCCGGGAAUAAAAG